AUUGAGAACACAUAAGUUGUGCUCAAACGUCUCUGGCGCUCAUAUAUGUAUGUGGCCACGUCACUUUGGCUCUCUUUGUUUCUCUCUUUUGUGCCGACAUUCUACGUACAUAUAGGCGGCACAACACCAAAAAGUUUUUAACUCGUUGGCAAAACAAGUGAAAAUUAAACAAAUAAUUCAGUUUGGGGGACGUCGCAAAAAAUAAAACAACUUCAAGAAAGAACAUUUCACACUAAAACGAAAGAAAAAGAAAAAAGAACUUACGAAUCAGUCAGAAUGAAUAUUUUUCGGUUCGCUGGAGACUUAUCGCAUGUAUUUGCUAUUAUAAUUCUUUUACUGAAAAUAUGGAAAACCAGAUCAUGCGCCGGCAUUUCGGGAAAAUCUCAAAUACUCUUCGCUGUCGUCUAUCUGACACGUUAUCUGGACCUCUUCACCACAUACGUCAGCCUCUACAACUCUGUUAUGAAGGUGCUUUUCCUGGCAACGUCGGGCGCCACGGUUUAUUUGAUGUAUGUGAAAUUUAAAGCCACCUAUGACCACAAUCACGAUUCGUUCCGCAUUGAAUUUUUACUAAUACCGUGCGCUCUGCUCUCAUUGGUAAUUAAUCAUGAUUUUACCUUGAUGGAGGUGCUCUGGACGUUCUCGAUCUAUUUGGAAUCGGUUGCUAUAUUACCACAACUGUUUCUGGUGAGCAAGACCGGAGAAGCUGAAUCGAUUACAAGCCAUUAUUUGUUUGCCCUCGGCUCCUACCGUGCUCUAUAUCUGCUUAAUUGGGUCUAUCGCUAUAUGGUAGAGUCGCAUUAUGAUCUGAUUGCGAUCUUUGCGGGCAUCGUUCAAACUAUUCUUUACUGCGAUUUCUUCUAUCUGUAUAUUACCAAAGUGCUCAAAGGCAAGAAGCUACAGCUGCCAGCAUAAGCAGCAGCAUCAGCUAAUAAUUCCAUGCGUGCGUGUGUGUCGGUGCCGUCACCUCAAGAUGAGAUGGAGAGGAAAGAAACAGCAAUUUGAGGAAGCGGGCCGCGUUAUUAGUAGUUCUUUAUCGCAUAACAAAACAAAAGCAAAAACAAAAAAAUAAUAUAACAAAUAGAAAUGAUAUUGUAUAUCGAACGGGAGCAUUUUGUUUGUAUUGCAUUAGUUUAAAACAAGAGAACAUAAGAAAUUCAAAUGUGUGACAGCAAUUCAUUUAUGCAUAUACCAACUCAAUGCAAAUUAAAGUAUACAAAAAAUGUACAAAAUCUAAUCAUUAUGAUUUCCAUCUGCAAUCAAAAAUCAUUAAACAACCGUAAUUUUGCUUAUUAAUGUAUGUACGACUGUGUACAUAUGCAUGUAUGUAAGCACUUAUUGUAUCUUAUCUUGUAGCUCGUCUAUAUUCCUACAACCAAAAUCAAAAUGUUUA